AGAAAACGAGGCAGCGUUAGUGAAGUUGGUGGAAGAAGAUCGCAACCAUCAGUUUUCAAACACAAGAAAAUAACUUUACUCUUUGUUUCAACUUUUGCUUUUGACAUUCCAAUCAUUUUACGGCACUACAUGUUUGGAUUUAUAAUUCAUCUUGUUCUUGGUUGUAGUUGCUUGGAGGUUCAAAGUCUUUUAUCCGAUUGAGCUGCUCAGAACCAGAAACGUACUUUUCAUUGAAGAUAAUGAUAUUGAACAACCUUCCUUCAUCACAAUAUGGGAGGGGACUUUCAAUUCAAUCUUGUUUCCCUGAGAUCAAAUCUGUUGCAAAUUCCUCUUGCAAAUCUUCUGGGGAAGAUGAUGCAAGCUUAGGCAUAUUUUCUGACGAUGACUUGAGCCUGAAAGAUGCUUUUGGGCCAGCAACAUUUGAUCAUGGCCAUUAUGAAUCUUCCUUCAAUUUUUCCUCUGAUAUUCAACACUUUCAUCUUCAACCACAUCAUCAAGCUGUAAAAAGCCCAGUAGACUUUCUGGAACCUAAAGGAUUUGAUGACCAUGUCGUUUUAGAUCCAUCAAUUUGGCCCUUUCAAGAUUCAAGCAAUCAAAUGCCCUCUAUUUCUGCGGAACCAAACACACGAGCAGCAGAGACUGGUGAUGUACAAAGGAAUUACUUUACUGCUUUUGUUCCUCUGCAUAAUGCGGCGCUUAAAGGCGAUUGAGAGUUUGCAAGGGAGUUUUUGAUUUUGAAUCCACAAGCAGUAUGUGCUAGCAUCACAAGAAACCAGGAAACAGCUCUUCACAUUGCUGCUGGAGCUAGACAUACAAUAUUUGUCCAAGAGCUUGUGAACAUUAUGAAAGCUGAAGACCUGGCACUGCCGAACAAGGUUGGGAACACAGCCCUCUGUUUUGCUGCCAUAUCCGGAAUAAAAAAGAUUGCAGAAGUGAUGGUUAAUAAGAACAGAAGGUUGCCAUCAAUUCGAGGCAGUAAGGGAGCAACGCCGUUGU